AUGGGUGGUCCGAUAGCUCUAGCCGUUCACCGUGGUACCCUCCUUACACCCCGUCAUGUCGAAGAGCUUGCUGAAGCUGUCUGUGAAGAAUCAUUGGGGAAGAACUGGGUUGGACGCUUUGUUGAUAGACAUAAGGAUGUCCUCACAUCCCGCUUUUACACUUAUCAGGAGCUGGCAAGGCUCAAAGCAGACAAAGUGAGGACCAAACAAGUGUUUUAUGAUCUAGUGUGUCUUCCAUUGUUUUUAGGAGAAGGGGACCGAGGGAGAGCAGGACAGGCGAAGCUAGGCAAGCCGCAAUGGCGUGUCUCAAACAGUCUUAAAGGCAACAAGAGAUCAGAGAGACAGAGAAACAAACAGAGAGCUAGAACCACUAUUUAUAGACAAAGACCUCCAAACUGA